AUGGGGAGUUUGACACAUAUAGCUCCUACAAAGAGACUGUUAGCCAAAGAUAUCCAGAGUCUAGAAGAUACAGGUAUCAGAUUUAGUGUCGGAAAUUCAGAGGCAUUGUUGGCUUCUGCUCAGGCUAAGUCUUCAUUAGUUGAGCGCAUUAAGGACACCCAAUAUGAGGAUGAACGAUUAUGCAAAUACAGAGAUGAGGCCUUAGCUGGUAAAAGCAAGGAUAUGAUUGUUGAAAGUGAUGCUGGUGAGACCAACUUACUGGGACCUGACUUAGUACAAGAAGCUAUGGACAAAGUCCAGUUGAUCAGACAGAGAUUGCUUACAGCUCAAAGCAGACAAAAGUCUUAUGCUGAUAAGAGAAGAAGAGAUUUAGUGGUCACAAUUGGGGACAAAGUGUUCCUACGAGUCUCCCCUAUGAAAGGUGUGAUGCGGUUUGGGAAAAGAGGCAAGUUGAUCCCCAGGUUUAUAGGACCGUAUGAGAUACUAGACCGAGUGGGAGCUGUUGCUUAUUGUUUGGCACUUCCUCCUGAGUUGUCCUUUAUUCCUCCAGUGUUUUAUGUCUCAAUGCAAAGAAAAUGUAUAUCAGACUCAUCUCAGGCGCUUGAAGCACCAACUAUACCGCUUGAUGAGAAGUUGUUUUACGAGAAAGAGCCGAUGGCUAUUGUUGAUAGGCAAGUAAAAAAGCUACUGUCAAAAGAAAUUGAGUUCGUAAAAGUUUUAUGGUGA